UGCAGAGCCUCUGCUCUGCCCUCUCCCACUCCCCGGCUGCAGAAGGCUCAGGAAUCUGCCGGGGAACGGAGCCGUUCCCCGUUGCUGGGAAAUCUGGCUAUUGAAACCAAGAGUGUUGGUUGGAAACGCAGCCCCUCCCCUAAGCGCUGCCGGGACUAACCACAUCGGGCGUUUUGUCAUUGCCACAGCCUGCAGGACUGCUCCCCUCGCAAGCAGCCAACAGCCCCAGCCCGGGCCCCGAUGGGAGGAGAGCGGCUCUGGGAAGAGGUGUGCCGAGAAGCGCUAUGUUCACUACGGUGAGAUAUGGAGCCAACUGCCAAGUGAUGGUGAACCUGCAGUGCCGUGUCCUCAUCCUCAUCGCCCACCUGAAGAGGAAGUGUCAAUGCAGACCAGAAGACAACAUUGAUCUUCUGGAUGAAUCAGGGGCCCUGAUGAACCUGAGCAAAGUAGAAAAUCCUGCAUCUGAAUUUGCCACUAAAUACCUGCGGGAAAGGCAGCGCUACAUCCUCAUCAGAGUCAUCCGAGAAGAAAGCACUGAAGCCACCUGCUAUGAAUCCUUACUGGAGAACCUGGGAAAACACUACCCUGACCUCACAGAUCUGCUGCAGAAGCUGUCAGCAAACCCCCAGCUGAGAGACCAGUGGAGGAGGGGCCCCACACAGAGGAGGGCUCAGUCCCUCACCAGCACCCCAGCCAGGCCCAGGCCCACCCCACAGAGCAAGAAGAGCUCAGAGCUAAAGGGCACCCCAAGAUGAGGUAAGGCCUGAGAGGAGCAAGGCCUGUUGCUGCUCACAAGCACAGUGACUACACCAGGUUUCACCACUGCUGCACUGCACUGGCCUGAGCAGUCCCCCAGCAGAGCAAGAACCCUCCGCUAUUUAGCUGUUUGUUCCUCCUGGCAUCUCCCCGCUCCUCCUGCACGUUCACACUUCCUCAUCCAAAGCUGCACCUUGACAAAAGCAUAUAAAAGCUGCGCUGCAGCCAGGCACAGACAGCAGCUGCAGUCUGCCUCCUGUUCCAAGGGGUCACAUUUCAAUGGCAUGACUUGUACUCCUGAGUGACGAGAAGCUGCACCUCCUUUCAAACCCUGGCAGCUGAAAGAAAAACAUGGAUCAAGUGACAUCAUAUCAGCAGACAUGCCUGCCUCAAACACUGUCACCAUGAUGACAGUGCCCUUCUAGAGACUCACUGUCCCCUGCAUCCAUCAGGCAAAGCUGUUCAAGCCACAUCCAGCAUCCCCACAAAUCCAGAAGGAGCAUUGCUUAAACCUAACCAACACAGGUCAGAAGACAAAGCACAGCUACCACAUGCACUCCAUCAUUGAUAGUUUAACAGCUUUUUUCCACCCAGACCAGCCCACACAAACAUCAGUCCAACCAUUAUUUCUUAAAGGGAGUAAGUUAAUCUGCUGCAUCACAGUAGCUGCUCCCUGUUCACACUGGGGCAGCCCAGCACACACAGCACCCCAGCCGCAAGUCUCUGGCACCUGCUUCUCCCCCCCGCCCCAAGCUGUCUCUCAAGAGUGCAAGGCAGCCAGGCAAGGCUAGGCACUGUUCAGACAUUAUCCACCACAAAGAAUUUGAAUCCUGACAUUUAGGAGGAGCAGGAAUUUCAUCAGCAGCCUCCAGCAUCUGCUGCCAACUUUAAGCUUCUGAAUCUGGACUUCCUCACAAACCAAGGAAAGAGGCAGGGAACUAGUCCAACAUUCAACAGCUAGAGGUUGUCAGUUUUAAAGGUUUAACUGGAUUUCUAUGGCAGAUUUAAGGAUCUGAAAUUCACUGAUGUCCUACCAAAACUCAAGCUUAAGUCUCAAUAAUUCCAUUUCAACUAGCAUCUUGCACUACUAUGAAGACCCAAGUCUCCUGCUGGAGGAGUCUGCAGGCAGUCCUGGAUAAGACUGUUCUAUGACAACUGAAGUAGUCAGCUAAGAACUUAGCCUGAUCCUAGUGACCUUGAGAAUAUUGCAUAACCUGUUAAGACUCUAAAUAAGAUCAACCAACAGCAUCCCAAGUCACACAACCAGACAGGUCAUUUUCUUAGCUCCUGGCUCAGAACACAGCUCUUCAGGAAGAGGAUACCAGUGGAAAGAGAAUACAAGUCCCUGAAAAUACAGCAGAACAUCAAGUGACUUUUGUUCAGCCCCCACCAUCUGCCCAGAUUGUGACCAGUCAAGCCUCAGCUUGGUUGUGGAUUUGCUUUCCUCAGGCCACACAGGUACAGUCCUUGUUAGGCUGCACCUCCUGUUUGCAGGAGAAAUGCAGUUGUCCCCUGUCCCAUAAGUAGAGCUGAUACACAUUUAAUAUUUCAGUAGCUUAACU